AUGGAUUUCUCUCUUGCCAUUACUUAUGCUACUACAUUUAUUAUUUUUCUCUACUUCAUUUACAUGCUUUUUGGGAUUUUUUGUACCAAAAAAGGUACAACACCCCCUAAAGUUGCUGGAUCAUGGCCAAUAAUUGGCCAUCUCCACCUUUUCAAUGGAUCUAAGAUGCCUCACAAAACUCUUGGGCUCAUGGCAGACAAAUAUGGGCCAAUUUUCACAGUAAAAUUUGGAUCCCAUCAAGUUGUGGUGGUGAACAAUAGGAAGAUAGCCCAAGAUUGUCUUACUACCAACGACAAGGCCUUGGCAAGCCGGCCUAAAUCGUUGGCAUUAGAGGUCUUGGGCUACAACUACGCCCUUUUUGGUAUGUGCCCUUACGGCCCAUACUGGCGAGAAAUGAAAAAAAUAGUUGUACUCGAAUUACUCUCCAAUCAUCGAGUACAAAUGCAUCGACACAUUAGAGAAUUCGAAGUGAAAACAUCCCUCAAGCAAAUUUAUGAAGUGAUGAAUGGUUCUCCAAAUAUUGUGAAAAUAGAAAUGAAUCAAUGGUUCGAGAACUUGACCAUGAACGUUAUUUUAAGAAUCCUUUUCGGUAAAGAACAUGAUUUUGAAGUAGAGAGGGCUAGAAAAGCAAUUCGAACUUUUAUGAAUUUAUUUCGUGUAUUUGUUGUAGCUGAUUAUAUGCCAUCACUAAGAUGGUUAGAUAUAGGAGGAUAUGAAAAGGAAAUGAAGGAAAAUGCUAAGGAAAUAGAUUAUAAUCUUGAAAAAUGGCUAGUAGAACACAAGAAAAAGAGAAGUUGUGGAGAAAAUAAAUGUGAGGAUGAUAAAGAUUUUAUGGAUAUAAUGUUGGCCCUUUUUGAAGAUGCAAUGGAUGAAGAUCUUGCUGGUUUUGAUGCUGAUACCAUUAUCAAAUCUACAUGCUUGGUUAUGUGGGCAGGAGGAUCUGACACCAUAGUUGCAGCACUAAUAUGGAUUCUCUCUUUGUUACUCAACAACCCUCAUGUAAUGAAAAAGGCCCAAGAAGAAAUAGACAUUCAAGUUGGAAGAAAUAAAUUUGUUGAUGAGUCACAUAUAAAUAACUUGGUUUAUCUUCAAGCUAUUACUAAAGAAUCGUUACGUUUAUAUCCACCUGGACCACUCUCAAUCCCUCAUGAAUCCAUGGAAGAUUGCACUGUUGGUGACUAUACUAUCCCAAAAGGUACUCGAGUACUAUUCAACUACUGGAUGAUUCAACGAGAUCCAACCAUUUGGUCAGAACCUGAUGUAUUUAAGCCAGAGAGGUUCUUGACGACUCAUAAAGAUAUAGAUGUUAAGGGAAAACAUUUUGAAUUGAUUCCAUUUGGUGCUGGAAGAAGAAUUUGCCCCGGAAUUUCCACAACACUAGUGUUGUUGCACUUGACUUUGGCUAACGUGCUACAUGCAUUUGAAAUUACAAGGCCAUAUAAUGAACCAAUUGACAUGUCUGCCAAUUUGGGGAUAAAAGAGACACCACUCGAGGUUCUUCUUGCUCCAAGAUUGUCCCCAGAUUUGUACUACUAA